CACCCCUCCUCUUCCUCCCUCCUCCUCCUCCUCCUCCACUGCAGCCUGACUUCCACACAACCGGCAUGUCUGCAAUUUGAGAGGCUCGAUCUAGCCUUUUUUUUUUUUUUAGACGCAACAACUUGCAUAUUCUUUGCCUCUGCUCGAGAAGAAGAAGCAGACUGGUUGUGGACACGCAGCGUCCUUUCCCCCCCCUCCUAAUUUGGGCUAAGAAAGACUCGGACAAGGAUCCAAAUCAAGGUCCAUCCGGCCGUUCCAGAUAGCGUGACCCGCUGAAGGAAGAGAACACAGAACUGCUUCAUCAUGAAUUUUGUAAUGAAAGCUGCACUGGGAGGAGGUCCUCCUGAUGUGGGCAAGAUGCUGGGUGGGGAGGAGAAGGAGGAGGACCCGGAUGCAGCAAAGAAAGAGGAGGAAAGGCAGGAGGCGCUCAGGCAGCAGGAGGAGGAGAGGAAGGCCAAAUAUGCCAAGAUGGAGGCAGAGAGAGAACAGAUGAGACAAGGCAUCAGGGAUAAGUACGGCUUGAAAAAGCGCGAGGAGGCUGAGGCUGAAGCGGCAGCCGCAGCGGAGGAGACUGCGGCGGGCAGCUUGACCCGACCAAAGAAGGCGGUGCCCACCGGCUGUGGCGAUGAAGAGGAGGAGGAGAGCAUCAUGGACACAGUGAUGAAAUACCUGCCAGGUCCAUUGCAGGAUAUGUUAAAGAAGUAAGGCUAGUAGCUAACCAGUGCUAGUGCUGGUUAAAGUCCUUACCAGGUUGGCUUAAAUCACAAAACUCACACUCAGAUUAGCAUUGAAAAUCAUUUCAAUUUGGUUUAUUCAAAGCAGUGUGGCGACUAUUAAAAUAUUUGAAAAGUGAAUUGCAGCUAUUAGGCUAAGCUAGACUGUGUCACUGGCUCGGCGUGUGUUAGCUUGGGGCUAACAUCUCGCAGAGAAACCGCAGACACAAUUUGAAACUCUUUCCUCUUUCUCUGACUACUUUUAAACGCCAUUGAAGAGCUUGAAGCAACAACAGGGCGUUCUCCUACACCUCGCUAUUCACUUUAAUUGUACAUAAGCAAACUAUAUAACAAGCCUCAAGCCAGGCCAAACAAUCAAAUAUAUCCAUUUAUUAUACUGUGUCUCUCUCUCAACUAGAAAAUGUGAUGACUUGAUAAGCCAUAUAUAUAUAUAUAUAUUUAAAAAAAAAAAAAAAAAGUAUAUUUAAAGAGAACUUGUGCGUGCUUCGAAACCUACUGUAUGUGUUUGUGUCAAAUUUAUGUCAAACCGUUUUGCACAGUGUUACACAUUUUCCGUGAAAAGUGUUGUCUUUCUCUCUUGGACGUCAAAGUGUUCUCCCUUUGCGUAGUGUAGGAAAUUUUCAAUGUGUCUUGCAUGCCAUUUGUCUUGACAAGUGUGUGACUUUGUACAAUCCACUCCCUUUUUAUCCUCGUCUUUGUUAUGCAAAAAAUACGAAGGCAAUAACUCCUGAGUUUGUGUUUUUCCUCAUGUCAGUGUAACCGUGAAUAAUAAUAAUAGCCUAGUAAUUACAAAUAAACCAUUUAGGACAGUUAAUUGACAGGUUUUCAGGUUGUUGUUUUUUUUCAUUAGAAAAUAGCUGUGUGGUGGUUCUGACAACAGACGACAAGCUUUCAGCCAUAAAACCGCCAACUGUAGUACAGUAAAUACUGUUAUAUAACAGGGAGAGAAUGGUGAAUGAUUUUAGACAUCAGUCUUGAAAGUAUGCAGCAAUUCUGUUUUUCUUUCCCGUCUUAAUUUGUGGAUAAACAUGACAAAAAUAGAAGUGUUUAAAUGAGGUUUGAUUUAUCGCUGUACACGAGAACGAGCCGCUGAAGCGACAUAGACCGUCAUGAGCAAUAAAGGAUUAUUAUGUAUGUUUCUGCCUGAGAAUCAAUAAAAAUCUAAAUAUCUUCUACACAUCA